AUGUCCAAUACUGAGGCUAGCCGAGUCUAUGAACUAAUUGUUGAAUCUGUUGUUAAUGAAGUGCGGGAAGAUUUUGAAAACGCGGGCAUUGACGAACAGACUCUACAAGAUUUAAAACAAGUGUGGCAGACCAAACUUUCAGAAACCAAGGUGACGAAGUUUAGUUGGGAUCCUCAGGAAAAUGAGGGGCAAUUAGGGACCGAUGGCAUGGACAACGAUGGAACCAAUGCUUUCAAUGGUUUGAAUGAAAGUAGUAAUACAGGCUCUAAAACUAAUGCAGUACCUUCAGAGUAUUCGCUCAACGAGUCCCAGGGUCUAGUGCUUCCGGGAUUUCCUAACGAAGAAGCUAAUAAGACAGAGUCAUCAGCUACAAUAAACGAGACGCCUAAUGGACAAGAGAACAAAGUAGAAGAACCCGUAGCAAAUCAACAACAGGAGCAAGCGCAGGAGGCAAGAAAUGAAGGGAAUGAAGAAGAUAUCAGGGACAGAGAAGAUCAAAAGGUCAAGACAGAGCAAGAUAGAGAUAACAAUUUAGAUGAUUCACAGCAGAUAGAACUAACCAUUUCGUAUGGGGAUAGUGAAAAAGCAGAUGCAUUAAAACAAGAGUCCAAAAAAGCAAAACGGAGUGCUCUUCUGGAUGCCGAUGAGGUUGGAUCUGAGCUGGAUGAUUCAGAUGAUGAUUACUUGAUUUCGGAAGGUGAAGAGGACGGUCCUGAUGAAAAUUUAAUGUUGUGUCUGUAUGACAAAGUUACAAGAGCGAAGGCAAGAUGGAAAUGUAGUUUAAAAGAUGGCAUAGUUACGAUCAAUCGAAAAGAUUUUACCUUUCAGAAAUCUCAAGUAGAAGCCGAAUGGGUGUGA